AUGGCGACCCCCGCACCUGACUCGCUCCGGGCCGACGCGCCGCGACCCCCGGGCGUUCGGGGCCCGGCGGGGCCAACGGGCGACCGCCCGGCCUCCGGCUGCCGCUGCGAGGCCCUGCCCGGGCGUGCCAGGGCGUCCGCCGUCGUCCUCGCGCCCUGCGCUGAACCCUGGCUCGGGAGGGCGACGCGGGGCUCUCGGGGCUGCGCAGGCCGCGGCGCCCCGCCACGCCGGCCCGAGGGCGCGGCUCGCUCCCUCCCGGCCCACACACCUGCGCUUCCCGCCGGGCGGCGGCCGAGGCGCGGCGGGGUGGUCCCGGGCGUGAGGCGGGACCUGCGGGUCCGCAGCGGCGACGGCCCCUCGGUCAUCGGGGGUCUCGGAGCGCCGCAGGCCGCGCCCGGCCGGCCCUGCUCCCGGUGCAUGUGUCCCGGCGAGGCGGGAGAGAGACCUGGGGUCUUCGGGUCGCACGUGGUGCUCGAGGUCCCCACGAGAGGCCUUCCCCGACGGGGUUCCUGUCGCCACUGCGGGAAUCCGGCCCGGGAACGCCGAGCUUGUGGCCCAGGAAGAGGAAGGAACGUGGGCAGCAGCAAUGGGGCUUGGGGCGUUGAGGGGACAGUGGCCGGGCUCCGAACUGGGACCUGGGCGGGUGGCCUGGCCGCGAGGGAGGGAAAGCCGGGGGCCCACGGCCCGGGAGGGAGGGAAGAAGACGGCAUUCUACGGGGGCGAGGCGAGGCAGGGUCCUGGACACCCGGGACCCCUGGCACUGUACAGAUGCGGAACCUGAACGGGGUGAGGUUUUACUGACAUGCCCAAGUAAAACAGCAAGUUUAUGAUCCCGGAGCUGAGGAGAAGAGAUCUCAGGUAAGUUUAAAUUGAGUAGAUAUUCUUGAUUGGGGGGUGUUGUGAAUAAAGUGCUUAUCCACAUUUUAUGAAAUUAUAUGGAUCAUCCUGGCUCCUCCUAGAGACUGGUGCUAAGACACAAAUUGAUGGAGGAACACAUGCUCUCUCAGGGGGCGGUGGCCCAACAGAUGGAUCAACACAGCAGACCAUGGCUCCAGCUGCAAGGCUGCCUUUGCCAGGGAAAUGAAAGAGCC